AUGUUGUCGAAGCUAUCGCUGAUAGCGUUGUUGGGUGCCGCGCAGGCAUUGCCUGGCGGCGGCGAAGGUGAAGGCGGAUGGGGCGGACAGGAGGGUGGACAGUGGGGAGGUGAACACGGUGCUCCGGGUUACGGAGGCGAUCAAUGGGGUGAUCAUGGCAAUGGCGGAUGGGGAUCUGGGUCGUGGUCGAAGACAUGGGAGAAGACUUGGGCUUCGCAGCCUCCACCAUACAGCGCCAGCGUGCCGACAUGGACUCAUCCAAUCCCACCACCACCUACUUGGACUAAGCCAGCACCACCACCAUCGUGGUCUGCGCCUCCUCCAAGCUACUCCAAGUCCCCUCCACCACCACCUCCACCUCAAAGCUGGAGCAAGCCUCCGCCACCACCUCCCCAGAGCUGGAGCAAACCACCACCUCCACCACCGCAAAGCAUUCCCUCGAGCAUCCCAAGCUCGCCGAUCAGCAAGCCCGGCACGACCACUCUCACGAAGACGAUCGAGACGACUUCCAAAUCUUACAAGACCACCGUCGUCACCACGAGCAUCGUUUCGGUUCCCUCCAAGCCUGCGUCGUCGCUCCCACCCCCUGUGGUCUCGAAACCCAGCAAGCCGAUCGGUUCCCAACCAGCUUCUUCGAUCCCAAGCAAGCCAGUCAGUGUUGUACCUCCACCAGUUUCCAAGCCAACGCCGCCUGGAUCUCAGCCAGUCGGCUCUCAGCCUCCUCCAUCCGGCUCGAGCCCUGUCCAGCCUGGCAAACCAUCUGGCUCUGUUCCAGUCUCCGCUCCUCCACCUCCAGGCACCACUAAUAUCACGAAACCUGGCACUCCAGGCACUCCUGGUACUCCAGGCACCCCAGGCACCCCAGGAACACCGGGAACUCCAAAGCCACCCCAGACCCUCACGGUCAGCUCUCUGCCACCACCAGUCGUUUCUCCUCCCCAGAACACCUGCCCACCACCAUCGACUCACGUGGUUACCGAGACCGUCACCGAGAAGAAGACCGAGACGGUCUACUUCAGCCAGGUUGCUCCACCAGGCGCCUGCCCAACCACUACGGUCUACUACAGCGCAGUCACCCCGAUCUCGUACUGCCCGACUUAUGGAUCCAUGGCACCACCAAAGUCUUUCGCGUCGUCGGCUCCCGCUCCUCCUAAGACGUCCAUCGUUUCUCCCGUCCCGCCAAAGUCCAGCGCCCCGACUGUUCCUGUCGUUCCGGUCAGCCCGCCGACUUCCAAAAGCUCGCCAGCCCCUCCACCAGUUGGUCCAACUGGUCCAGGAUCUGUGCCAGUCUCGUCGGCCUCGACUCCUGUCAAGAGCAUCCCCGGAUCGGUACCAGUUUCGUCCGCCUCGACUCCGGUCAAGAGCAUUCCUGGAUCUUCGAUUGUCAGCACGCCUUCCGCGCCUGUUAGCAAGCCAACGAAGCCCGUGAGCAGCCUGCCAGGCUCAAGCUUCCCGUCUUCGAUUCCCACGAAGAAGCCAAGCGUUCCAGUCUCCAGCUUGCCAUCAUCAUCGAUCCCUACAAAGAAGCCGAGCGUUCCGGUGUCCAGCCUGCCCUCGUCUAUCCCCACGAAAAAGCCAAGCGUUCCAGUCUCCAGCUUGCCAUCAUCAUCGAUCCCUACGAAGAAGCCUAGCCUCCCAGUUUCCAGCUUCCCAACUACUUGGAAGACGAAGACUGUUCCCUCGAGCAUUCCCUCGAGCAUUCCCUCGAGCAUUCCCUCGAGCAUUCCAUCGAAGCCAAGCAAGCCAAUCCCGCCUCCCGUUAGCCAGCCCUCGUCGAUCGUCUCGACUCCAACCUGGGUCCCACCGCCUUACACCAAGCCAACAUGGACGCCAUCAGGUUCAUGGGCUUCUUCGCCAACCUGGGCACCUCCACCUCAUGAGACUAAGUCCUGGGGCCACGGAUCGUGGGCCCACGAGGAGCCAAGUAAGACCUGGGGUGGUGAAUGGCCACACAGCGAGGGCUGGUCGAAGCCCACCGGCUACGGCGAAGGCUGGGGCGAGUCUACCUCGUCUGAAGGCUGGGCUAAGCCAACUGGCUACGGCAACGGCUGGUAA